UGUAGAAUGGGUAAGGGCAACAAAGAAGGGACCUCCAAGCAAUUCAGGUGGACAAAACCGAUGGAACAUGUUUUCCUUGAAAUUCUAGCAGAGGAGGCUCGAAAAGGAAAUAAGCCUUCUAAUACUUUCAAAUCAGUUUCUAUUAAUCGAGUUGCCGACGCCAUUUCUUCUAGAUUCCAAGUCCAAUGCGAUACAAAGCACGUGGAAAAUCAUUUGAGGACAGUAAAAAACCAGUGGCAGAUUAUAUGCAAAAUUCGAGGUGAAAGUGGUUUUGGAUGGGAUGAUAACAUGAAAAUGAUCACAUGUGAUAGAGCGACAUACGAUGCAACAGUGAUGGCACACAAGAAGUAUGAACCAUUUUUGAAUAAAAGCAUUGAUCAUUAUGAUGAAAUGGCUGUGGUUGUUGGCAAAGAUAUGGCAACAGGGAGUUUUGCCAGAACAUUUGCUGACAUAGAUUUGGAUGAUGAUAAUGAAGAUUCAAUGCACAGAGAUGCGACAAUGAAGAGGCUGAAGAGGUGGAGCAGUGGUAAAAAAAAUGGUCGUGAUGAGAGAGGGCGUCUGGCGCAAGUGAUGGUGACAGGCCUUAAGAAGCGGCACAUCUAG